AUGCAUGACGAUGAGGAAUGUCGCCCCAUUCCCUCGUGGGUGAAUAAAAAAUCAAGAACUGCAAAGAAUGCAUCAACACCAACACCAACACCAUCACCACCAACACCAUCCCCACCAACACUGUCACCGCCAUUACCACCGUCGCUGCCGCCACAGCUGCCAGCAUCAUCGCAACAGUUGUUACCACCACUCCCACCAGCGGUUCUGCCUGAUGAAUUCAAGAACCGUAUCAGAGAGUUGAACGGCAGCGACAUUCAAUUUGUGAUGAGCAAGAAACUCUUCCAGACAGAUUUGACCCUGAAUCAUGACCGUUUAUCAAUGCCGAUGAGAGAAGUUCGUUGUGAUUUCCUGACCAAGGCUGAGAAAGCAACAUUGGAUGAGAGAGAUUGCGCAAAAAGAAAACUUGUGGGAGUUGAACUGAAGAUGUUGGAUCCAUCUCUUACUGAGUGUACAUUGUCAUUGAAGAAGUGGAACAUGACAAGCACAAGCAUAUACUGUCUCACCAAAAACUGGAAGAGUGUUGUCACCCAUAACAAUUUGCAAAAAGACGAUCAACUCCAAAUAUGGUCUUUCAGAGUGGAUGGCAAAUUACAUUUUGUAUUAAAUAAACUCUGA